AUGAAUAAGAGCCUCCCUCGAAUCGCCUGCUUCCACGGUGGUGGAUCUUCUGCAGCGAUUUAUGAGAUUCAGUACUCGUUCCUCACUGCGCUUCUUACACAUGGAUUUCAGUUCAAGUUCUUCGAAGAUCCCUUUGACAGUAUCGCUGGCCCUGGCAUUCUCCCAACAUUCGGUAGAUUUGAGCCAUAUAAAUCUUGGUUUUCCAAAGGUGAAAGCAAUGGGCACGAUUGGACUGAACAGGAUAGCCUGGAAUGGGUGUCGACUAUGAUGGAAGAGCGACGGGCCGGACUGGGAGGGGAGUGGGUGGGCGUGAUGGGAUUUAGCGAGGGAACUCGAAUAGCGAGUGGACGGCUUUUGGACCAACAACGUCGAAAAGAGCUCGGUCUACGACUAGCAGUUCCUUCUAUUCAGCUGCGGUUUGGCGUGCUGUGUAUGGGUGAGGGACCGCCGAUGGCGGGCAGCAAAAGCUAUUCGGCUUGGGGCGAGCAAUCUUACGUCGUAUCAUAA